AUGGUUAAGUACUCUAGAGAGCCUAGCAAUUUGACCAAGAGCGCCAAGUCGUACGGAUCUUAUUUACGUGUCCACUUCAAGAAUACCUACGAAACGGCAUCCGCUAUCAAGGGGAUGUUGGUAAAGGACGCAAAGCGCUACUUGAACGACGUUAUCGAACGCAAGAGAUGCGUGCCAUUCAGAAAGUUCCGCGGUGGUGUUGGAAGAUGUGCCCAGGCAAAGCAAUUCAAAGUAACCCAGGGAAGAUGGCCAGAAAAAUCGUGCCGCUUCCUCUUGGACCUGUUGACGAAUCUGGAAGCAAACGCCGAGGUUAAGGGACUGGAUAUGGAUAACCUUAAGUUGGAGCAUGUCCAGGUAAACAGAGCUCCAGUUGGAAGAAGGCGCUCGUACAGAGCACACGGAAGGAUCAUUCCAUUUCUGUCGCACCCAUGCCACGUCGAACUGAUAGCAGUGGAGCAGGAACAGCACGUCCCAAGACACACCUCGACCGAAAAGAAGGUAAGGAAGCUGAACAAGCGAGAAUUGGCAAGACUGAGACUCAGAAGCGGAAAGUCCCUUUAA